CCCGCGCCCCCGCCCAGCCCGCACCCUUGGUAUCGCCCACAGCCGGGCGGCCACGCCCCCGGGCGCGCAUGCGCAGCGCCGGGCGCGAGGGUCUUGACACAUCGUUGCUCGGGUGGGCGCUGGGCAGGGCCGGGUUCUCCUACUGGUCCUCGUCUCCUCGACGAUCUGAGAGCCCCAGCCCCGCGCUGAGGAUCCCCGCGCCCACCAGGUGCGGCCAGCGGUGCUUGACGGCCAGGCCUGGACUGUGGGGGCGGGAUCCGGCUCGCCCGUCCUCAGGUGAGCAUGCAGAGGGACAGUCGUCCUGUCCGCAGGUGGGCCGGGCAGUGGUCAGGUCGCUCCGGCAUCAGUUUUGGAUCAGUGUAGCCUCCAGUGAACGACGGGAGCUCACACCUGCUCUGGUGGCAAGACCCCGGUCCCCGGGACGGGGCAGCGGAAACCCUUCUCUUCAGUUUCCUAAGACGCCUGGUCCAGUGCAGGGAAGCGGCCGAAACCACCGAAUCUUGUGAAAGAGACGAAGUUUGUACAUAGAUUGAUUUCCCGAAGAAAAUGGAGGCCUGUGGUGCAGAGGCGGGCUUUCCAGCCCCGGAGCCCCUUCCCCUCGGCUGUGGGGCCUUGGCUGCCCAGAAGCAGGGGCUGCAGUGGGGUGACUCCAGAGCCCCCCAGGAUUGAAAGAGCAGGGGGUCCGUGCUCCUGGGUGUGGCUGUGCAGGGGGAAGCAACAGUGACCUCGAGCUGGGGCCUGAGGGUGAGGACGGGCGCAUGAGGGUCUGGGGGCCACAGCCCUGGUGUAGCGUGUGGACCCCGGCCUGGCUGAGACGACGCGGGCAGCAUGAGCCUCCUGGGUGCUGGUGCCCUUGACCUGGACUACACCUCUGGGCAGGUCCGCGGGGCACUGGCGGCCGCCGGCUGUGCCUUCUACCUGGGCGUCUUCGUGGUCUGCCACCGGCUGUCCUCCUCCCUGAACGCCACCUACCGCUCGCUGGCAGCCCGCGAGCAGGUCUUCUGGAACCUGGCGGCCACACGCGCGGUCUUCGGCAUCCAGGGCACCGCGGCGGGGCUGUGGGCGCUGCUGCUGGACCCCGUGCUCCAGGCCGACAAGGCGCUCGGCCAGCAGGACUGGUGCUGGUUCCACAUCACCACGGCGACCGGCUUCUUCUUCUUCGAGAACCUCGCCCUUCAUGUGUCCAAUGCGCUCUUCCACACCUUCGACGGCUUCCUGGCUGUGCACCACCUCUUUGCUUUCCUGGGGUUUCUCGGCUCUGCGGUCAACCUCCAAGCCGGCCACUACCUGCCCAUGGUCACGCUGCUCCUGGAGAUGAGCACGCCCUUCACCUGCAUCUCCUGGAUGCUGCUGAAGGCCGGCUGCGCGAACUCGAGGCUCUGGAGGCUAAACCAGUGGGCCAUGGUGCACCUGUUCCACUGCCGCAUGGUGCUCACCUACCACAUGUGGUGGGUCUGCCUGGGCCACUGGGCCGGCCUGGCCCACAGCCUCUUCCCGCCGCACCUGGCACUCUUCGUGGUUGGCCUGGCCCUCCUCACGCUGCUCAUCAACCCCUACUGGACCCGCAAGAAGACGCAGCAGCUGCUCAACCCCGUGGACUGGAACUUCGCGCCUGGCACCCCCAACGGGCCAGCACAGCCCAAGAAGGCCAGGUAGCAGCCUCGACCCCCAGCCCGCGGCCUGCGGCCGCCCCCCAACACCAACUCCAGGCGUGCAUGCCCGCCGCGUGGCGCUGGAUGGCCCAGAGAGCACGUGCCCAGGGACAGCAUCCCGCCCGGCCUGUGCGCGGUCUCCCCAAGAGGGCCGUGGGGCAGCCCCCGAGGCGUCCCUGCGACCUGCUCACGGCCCUGCUCGCGUGGGCAGGAGAGAAGGGCCCCAGGUCGUUACCCCAACACCCGCCGAGGGGGCGUCUCCCCGGCGAAGCUUAUCCAAGCGAGAAUUUUGCUUCCCCUUUGUGAGGCUCUGCUGACACUGGAGGGAGAUGCGAGUAAUCACUUGUCUGGAUGUGAGAGCUGCUUUUAACCAGGUGUGCAGCCAGCCCGUUACUCCUAAUCGCUGUGGGUUUCGAGUCAGGGAGCCGUCGGGGGGACCCGCCUCGCGGUGCUGGGCUGCAGGCCGCCACCCUCACGUGUUGGCCCCACAGUUUGACUGACAGUGCUGACAUCUUUUUCUUGCCACGAAUGUGCAAUUAAAAUGAAAAGCUUGUAUCUGU